AUGGCGCCAAAAGUAACGAAAGUCAAGGAUCUAGCGAGUAGUCAACAGCUCGAGUCUGCGUCUCACGUAGACGAAAGUCCAGUGGAAUUGGAUUCAAAUCCAAGCAAAGUGUCCAGAUCAGGCGAAGUUGCACCUGCUGAAGACGUUGGCCACCCGUCAUUAGCGAUGCAGACUCCUGGCCAUCCAACAGAGGUCCAAGUCGAGAUUCAUGGGAACCAAGAGUCUGGUACAGAUGAAGUGGCUCCAGAAUCAUCAAUGGAGGAAGAGCAGAAACGUCCUCGCACCGUACGCUUUUAUUCACGAGUGCGCAUUACCUCUGGCGUUGGUCAUUUCUUGCGAAGCAAAUCAUCGCAACGAGACCGCUCAAAUAGCCCUAUGGAGGACGGAGGGGACGCUAUAUCCGCACCGCACACUCCAAUAGACGUCCCAGACCAACGCACCCCUUACAGAUCUCUCAACUCGAGCGCGUCUGCCUCUUACUCUUCCUCUAUAUCUGCUCCUCUUCGCUCCUCGAGUGAGCAUCCACCACGCUCAUCCUCAGUACGUUUGGCCAAAAAGUUUCGCGCCCCCUUGAGCGAUCUCUUGGAUGCAACAGACACGAAUGCAUGGCUCCAAUCACUCACGAAUGAAAGGAGGAAGCGCAAUAAAAAACGUCGCAGUAAUGGGGUAGACGAGCGGUCACCUCUAUUACCCCAACCAGCACGAGGGAUCCUUCUUCAUGACCCAACGAAUCCACUAUCACCUUCUCAUGAUAAUGUAAUCAAAAUGACAACAAAUGAGUCCAAAUGGCCACAAUGGCUUACUUUAUAUUAUUGGGAGGCCCGGCUAUCUGCUCUGUGCUGUUGUGAAGCAGAUGUUGAUGAAUAA